UUAUAUAAUAAGUCCAAAAAUGUGAGGUAGCAGAAGUGAGUUUGGUACAUGCCCCAGUGCCAGCUUUAUGACAUCAUAUAUAGAGUGAUAUGUUAUUGCUAUUGCUCACUUUCUUGGAAAAGAGCAACGGUGAAAGCAUGUUGGAAGGUAAAGCUGUGAUAGAGGAUACUGACAUGCCCCUCAAGAUGCAGAUCCAAGCCAUGGCAUCUGCUUCUGAAGCUCUUGAUCUCUAUGAUGUUUUGGAUUGCACAUCCAUUGCUGCCCACAUUAAAAAGGAGUUUGACACGAAGCAUGGUUCUGGAUGGCAGUGUGUGGUGGGAUCGAGUUUUGGGUGCUUUUUCACCCAUUCAAAGGGAACCUUCGUGUACUUUACUCUGGAGACUCUCAAUUUUCUCAUCUUCAAAGGGGCUUCUUCUGAUCAAGAACAUAUCUAGGCAAGUUAAAUACAUGCAGCAACUCUCGAGUCAUUUAUCGAUUGGACCCUAUUAACAUGUUUUGAAGGGUGCUGUGCAGGGUGAUGAUGAUGUUCUUUUUUAUUUUGUAUAUAAUUAUGAUAAGUUCCUGUUCUUCAGUUCAUCUUUUUUGUUGUUUUGGAUAAGAUCCCCUUAAAUUUCUCUUCAUAUUGUGGAUAUUAUUUGUUCUUUCUCCAAAGAAAAAAGAAGAGUCGUGGCUAUACCAGAAAGAAGAAGAUAAAGGAUGAAGUAUUAAUGGAACUGAAAUUAGAUAUGAAAAGAAAGUCUUGGAUAUUUUGUUUGA